AUGUCCAGCAUCCUCAAAAACAUCGCCAUCAUCGGCGCCUCUGGCUCCGUAGGCAAGCCUACCCUUGACGAGCUUCUCAAAAUCGGCAAACACAAUAUCACCGUCAUCACUAGGAAGUCGUCCGAAGCUGUCUUUCCGGCCGGCGUCAGAGUCGAAAAGGGCGACUACGACGACGACGCCUUCAUGCAAUCUGCUCUUGCUGGCCAAGAUGUCCUCAUCAUCAUGCUAGCGUUCCCAGCGUUGCCUCAGCAAGACCUGAUCUUGCAGCAGGCAGCGAAGGCGGGUGUGAAAUAUGUGCUGCCGUCGGAGUAUGGAAUGGACAGCCAAAACGAGAAAGCGUGCGAGAUCAGCUCCAUGAUCCAAGAGAAAGAAGACAUACAGAACAGAAUCAAAGAACUCGGCAUGAAAUUCAUCGCCGUGGUGACAAACUUCUGGACAGACUACAUGAUCGCCCACCGCGCCGGCGGCUACGACCUCCUCACAAGAAAAGCCACCAUCCACCCAGGCCCCUACCGCUGGCACACCACCACGCAAGCCCAAGUCGGCCGCGGCAUCGCCGCCAUGCUCUCGCUCCCCACCACGACCAUCGAAAGAGACUUCGCGAACAACUGGCUCUACCUCACCUCCUUCCACGUCACGCACGAGGAGAUGUUCCACGCCAUCCUUCAAGCAACGAGCAGCACGGAAGCUGACUGGAUGGUUGAGAGGAAACCUGCUGAGCAACUGGUUCGUGAGGGAAAGGAGAAGUUGGGGAAAGGUGAUUGUUCGGGGGUGUGGGACGUUUUGCAUGGAGCGGUCUUUGCGGAGGGGUACGGAGGGGCGUAUUCGAGGGAGCCGCAUAAUGGGAUGUUGGGAUUGCCUGAGGAGGAUCUGGUGGAGGUUAUUCGGACGGCGGCGAGGGAGGUCAAGGAGUAA